UGAGCAAUCUAUGAAGUGACAGGAGAGUUGGAACAUGUAUUCAGAAACUUAGAAAAUAUUGCAUGCUGGGAGCAAAUCUGGGCAUUAAAUUUCAACAUCUUGUGUUUCAAAAGUAUUUUAGCUGUGCCACCAAGUAGACAGAGGACACAUUAUGGGGAGAGGGACAGUUUUGCUUCUGAUUGUGGGGGCCAUUGUGGCUUACUAUGUUUAUACACCACUUCCAGAUGAUGUUGAGGAACCUUGGAAAGUUCUGUGGAUAUACACACAUAUGAAAACUUUAAAAGACUUGACUCUGUUUGCUGAGUUUUUGGGAAUGAAUCAUUUCAUGAGCAGUGCCAAGAUCUUUAUGAGCUUUCACGAAGUUCCACCCACUUCAGAUGAAAAUGUCUCUGUGAUGGAAACCACUUUUGACAACGUUCCUGUGCGUGUCUAUGUACCCAAACGAAAGUCAGAGACGCUAAGAAGAGGUGUAUUCUACAUUCAUGGUGGUGGUUGGUGUUUGGGAAGUGCUGCUCUUCUUCCUUAUGACCUUCUAUCAAGAAAUACAGCUGAGAGACUGGAUGCCAUUAUCAUUUCAACUGACUACAGACUAGCACCUGAAUAUCACUUCCCAAAUCAAUUUGAAGAUGUCUACCAUGCAGUCAAGUGGUUCUUACGUCAAGAUGUUCUUGAAAGAUAUGGCGUAGAUGCUGAGAGAAUUGGUGUUGCUGGAGACAGUGCUGGAGGGAACUUAGCUGCGGCAGUAGUACAACAGCUUCAAGAUGAUCCAGAUGUCAAGAUCAAACUCAAGAUCCAGGCUUUAAUUUACCCUGCCCUCCAGACUCUAGAUGUCAAUUCUCCAUCCUAUAAAGAAGAUACAAAUUUUUUAGUUCUGUCCAAGUCACUCAUGAUCAGAUUCUGGAGUGAAUAUUUUACCACAGACAGAUCACUGGAGAAAGCCAUGCUUUCCAAUCAACACGUACCCCUAGAAUCAAGCCAUCUAUUCAAGUUUGUUAACUGGAGCUCCUUGCUUCCUGAGAGGUUUACAAAAGGAUAUGUUUACAACAAUCCAACAUUUGGUGGUUCUGAGCUAUCCAAAAAAUACCCAGGGUUUCUAGAUGUGAAAGCAGCCCCCCUUUUGGCUGAUGAUAGCAAGCUUCGUGGUUUACCUAUGACCUAUAUCCUCACGUGUCAGUAUGAUGUCUUAAGAGAUGAUGGUGUGAUGUAUGUGACCCGACUUCGGAAUGCUGGAGUUAGGGUGACCCACAACCACAUUGAGGAUGGAUUCCACGGGACACUUUCCUUUCGUGAACUAAAAAUUGGAUCUAGAACUGAAAAUCAGUAUAUCAGCUGGCUAAGUGACAAUCUGUAGUCAAAUUGUGAACAACAGUUUAUUACAAUUAUAUAUACUUCAGAAUGGAAAACCAAUUGGUGAGAAUUAAGAAUUGAAUGCUUGGAAAAAUAUUAUCACUGGUGAUCUUCCUAAGGUCCUGAAGAUCACAACAUUUAAAAAAAUUCUUACAGAAUCAUACUUACUUCAUUUAUUAUUCUAAGUGUUAUUUCCUCAUGAUAUGUUAUGGAAAAAUAUCAGUUUCCUUUAUUUUUCUGUUAUUAUUACUGAUUUAUGUAGUUCUGAUUUAUAGGCUUUGUUCUAAAUUACUUGACUGUAUUAAUGUUGAAUGCAAAAAUAACAAAACAACCAAAUGGGCUGUGAUAUACCAGAGCUUCAACUGGCAUGUCUUCAGAGUUUGGAAAAUGUGGUUUUGUAACAGUGAUGUGAAUUUUAUGCCAAUGCUAUAAUGCCAUUUUUUUUACCACCUAAAUAUUUAAUUCUUAAUGUAAACGUUUUCUGUUUUAGUACACCAAAGUUAAUGUUGAUCAUUUUUAGAUAUAUUAAGUGACAUUUUAGGGACAGUAGGGUGGGAAAAAUUGCACUCUAUGUAGCUGUCUCAGGUAAAAUUUGGUAAGAAGAAGAGAAAUGGUAAACUUUUGAUUUCUAAAUGUCCCAAGUCUAUGUGGGCAUUGUCAACAGAAAAUUAUACCUGGUAUAUUCAUGAAGUGUCCUCAUGAGUUUGGGCAACUAUAACAGAAUUCCAUAGUGUAAGUGUCUUAGAGGCAUGGGAAUCUAUUAUAAAUUUUGACCUCAGUUAUGGAGGUCAAUUUCUGGUCAAGAUUCUUUUGGUGAGUUGUACAGAUGCUUAAUUCCUUCUUAUUUAUUAUUGAGAAAGAAAGAAAAUAACUCGUGAGAGAUAUAACCUGUGCAUCAGAAUGCAGCACUGGAGAUUGAACUCAGGAACUCUUGUUUGGUACUAUAAUGUAACCAUUACACCAAAUCCCUGGCUUCAAGAUCCUGAAUUCUUAUACUGUCACAUGGCAGAGAGGAGAACGCAGUUGAAAACUCUCUCCUAUUACUCUUAUAAUGGAAUUAAUUUCAUUCAUAAGAGCUUCAUCCAUAUGACUCCAUCUGAUCUUAUUCAUCUUUUAGAAGUCCCAGCUCAUUGAAUAAUCACAUGGAAGGGUAUGAUUAUCCCAAGGAACUAAAAUCUAGUCCAUUCCAUGAAUCAUGAAAAAGAAAUUGCAUCUCUAUGUCUCACUCCUUUUUUUUUUCUAAUAAACUACCUACAAAUCAAAGUAAUCUAGGUUAACAAUAAGGUGGGGGAUAUGGUCUUAAUUUGAAAAAAACACAUACUUAAGUAUGAAUAAAUGUUAUAAUGCUCAAUACUUUAUUAAAGUUAUACAAAUAUUCAUUAUGA